AUGUGCUCCGGCCCGAGCAUGCCCCAUCAGAGGCAAGUCUCAAAGGCAAAGUCCCAUGCGAUUUCCGGACAAUCCUCGGGAAUGGAGCGCUCAACAGCUCUUGUACUUGCACAAUUUGGUGCUCGGGUAUCCUUCUGUGAUCAUAACAAGAGAAGAAUCGCACAGGUUGAGGCAGAAAUCGUGCCCUCAUCAUUGUAUGGCAAGCACGGCGUGUUGUCAAACAGUGUCUACAUUGAAAACGUGGGUGAGGUGGUAGCCUGGAUUCACGCCUUUGUCGACAAAUUUGGGAGGCUAGACGGAGCUAUCAAUGCCGUCGCCCUUGAGGCAUCCAAGGUUGUGUCGAUUACCGAGAUGAAGUCACCAACUUGGCAUACUGCCAUUAAUGCAAACCUACCCCAGCUCAAACAUGACUAA